CUGAACUAUUCAGCAGUCCAUCCUCCUGACCAGCUAAUUACUGCCGAUUGUACUCCGUACUGCCGUCCUCGAUCCGCUUUGCUCAUCACCAGCGCAUGGCCGUUCAUGGACUUUCUCAAAUCCGCAGUCGCCUCUGCCAUCGCAAAGUCCAGUUCCUUCCCAGUCACCAUCGGAGACAGAAUUGACGCGGGAGAAUCGAUAUGGAGCGUACAUAACGCUGUCAAGAAGGAUGACAACACUCCCUGCUCCCUUUUCACCUUUGAUAUCAACAAAGACAAAGCACGAUUACCCUUAGCGAAGAAUGCAGCCCGGAAAUUGCGAACACUGCGACACCCCGGGGUCAUAAGAGUCAUAGAUGUGGUCGAGAAUGAAACGAACAUCUACAUAAUCACAGAAAAGGUUACACCGCUGAGCUGGCACAUAAAGCGCAAGAGUCUGAGCGAGGAGACCAUAAAAUGGGGGCUGUACAGCAUUUCUUCUACCCUGAAGUUUAUCAACAGUGACGCUUCAUCCGUUCACGGCGCCGUUCGUGUCUCUUCGGUAUACACCAGCGAAAGCGGAGAGUGGAAACUUGGCGGCUUUGAGUUAUUGAGUUCCAUGAACGAGGACGAUGCCAUCAUCUAUACAUAUGGCAGUCUGCUACCAGAUUCUAAUCGAUAUGCACCUCCUGAAGUGGCCAACGGCGGCUGGUCCACCAUCAAAAAGAACCCUCUUGGAGCGCCGGACGCCUAUGGCUUGGGUAUCUUGGUAUUUGAAGCUUUCAAUGGCAGUUUCAUGGGCAAUGAUCAACUCGGCCAACCCAGAAGCAUUCCUGCCAACAUGGUUCAAAGUUAUCGAAGGCUUGUCAAUGCAAAUCCCAAGCUAAGGCUCGUUGCAAGCCAUUUCGUCGACCAGGGAAAGAAAACUGGAGGCUUUUUCGAGACCCCUCUCAUCCACAUCACGGAAGGGGCUGACAGCCUAGGGUUGAAGAGCGAAGAAGAAAGGGACCAAUUCCUGGCCGAACUUGACGAGCUUACAGAUGACUUCCCGGAAGACUUUUUCAAGAUGAAGAUUCUGCCCGAGCUGCUGAAAUCGGUCGAAUUCGGUGGUGGAGGACCAGGAGUAUUUGGUGCAAUCAUGAAAAUUGGACUGAAAAUGUCGGAUGACGAGUUCGAAUCCAGACUCGGGCCUGUCAUUAUUCGCCUCUUCAACAGUCCCGAUCGUGCCAUGAGGGUGUGUCUACUGGAUAACCUACCUCUGAUGAUCGACAGAAUAUCACAGAAAGAUAUCAAUGGCAAGAUUUGGCCUGCCAUAACAACUGGAUUCACCGACACUGCACCUAUUGUCAGGGAGCAAACAGUCAAAGGCGUUCUGUCAGUCAUAUCGAAAUUGUCUGACCGCAUCAUCAAUGGGGAGCUCUUGCGAUUUUUAGCCAAAACUGCAAAUGAUGAACAGCCUGGUAUCCGUACAAACACCACAAUCUGUCUCGGCAAGAUCGCGAGGAAUCUUGGGGGAAGUUCCAGGUCCAAAGUGCUCAUUGCUGCCUUUACACGAGCUCUGAGAGACCCUUUUGUACAUGCGAGAAAUGCUGCCCUGAUGGCGCUGAAUGCAACAAUCGAUGUUUUCACCGACGAUGAUUGUGCUACAAAGAUCCUUCCGGUCAUCUGUACGAUGCUUGUGGACAAGGAGAAACUGGUUCGGGAUCAAGCGAACAAGGCACUCGACAUUUACCUCCAUCGGGUACGAAAAUUUGCUUCUACAAUGCCAGACAGCGUCCUGCCGCCCGGAGGAGCUGCUGCCACAGCAGCGCCCUCGGCCCCUGCGAGGAUGGGAAACCAAAAUGAUACUGGUUGGGCAGGAUGGGCGAUAUCUUCAUUCACGAACAAGCUAGCUGGUGCGCGAGGAGAAAUGGCUCCCACAGGCACGACAAAUGGAUCAGCCUUGACACAGACACAGUCGCUACCUGCCUCCGGCCGGGCCACUCCAAGUAUAAACGUUGCGCCUGGUAAACCGAUCUCUUCACCCAAGCCCCUACAGCCUCACACGGCUAGAAGCUCCACGUCGCAACCACCCGACAUGUUUGAGGAAGAUGUUAUGGAUGCUUGGGGCACUAUGGACGAUGAGGGGGAUAGCUUCUUCGAUGCGUCCUCUAAUCGCGCAGCGAAGCCGUCCAGCCCUGGACCUGCAGCGGCUUUUGAUGAUGGAGGGGAACCAGAUUUCGCAGGAUGGCUGGCUGCACAGUCGAAAGCUAAAUCUCAAAAGCAAUUGCCCAGAGGCCUGAACAAGACGACAGCCAGCGGUGGCACUCUGGGUGUUCGACCAUCAGGGCCUCCAAGAAGUGUAUCGGCAGGAGUCGCCGCCACCUCCAAACGGCCAGCAGCCGCCGCUGUUGUGAAAAAGGAGGUAAUCAAGGAGGUCCCUAAACCGAAGGAACCGGAUGUGAACGAUGAGGACUGGGGUGCUGAUUGGGAAUGACCAUAGUCCUUUUCAAAGACAACGACAAGAAAACGUCUGCUGCAUAUUAGCGUUGGGUGUCCAAUCAGAAGGGAGCGCAUAUGAGCAUGUUAGACACGAGCAAGGCGUUGGGAGUAGUUCUGAUUGUAUGUACAACGUUCGAUUGUUCUUUAUAUACGGUCACAACAUCAUGGCAACAUCAUG